AUGAACAAGCUGCUGGAAGUGCUGGUGUCUCUGGACGACUGGCAGGCAGCACACGAGCUCGCGGCCUACAUGCUCCACCUCGCGCCCACCCAUGCUCGCGCGCGGCAAGUGCUGGCCAUGGCGAACGAGGUGUUCCAUCCAGACCCCGUGGCUCUGCAGGCAGCAUUGGACGCCCUUGCUGCUCGCGCCUCUGCUGCUGCUGCUGCUGCUGCUGGCGGUGAGAAUGAUCUGGAUGCUGGGCCGUCAGCAGGGGCAACUGCAGGGUUCUCAGCAGAGGUAGCGCAGGAGCAGGAGCCUGAGCAGCAGGGGAGCUCACUGGGGAACAGUGAGGUGUCCGCUCAACACCGACCAUUGCUUGAGCUGCGCGGUCGCUCCUGGGCCGAGCUGAUCCUGAACACUGUACACGUCUUCCGCACGGUGCAGCAGCGUUCGGUGGAAAGGCGGGGCUUGGAGUACCCUCAGCCGGUGGCUGGCGUGUCUGUGACGGUCGUGGUAGCAGGCAGUCUGCAAGGAGGUGGUGAUCCUAGGAACGGCAACGAGGGCCUUAUUGAAGAGGGCGUUGAAAGCGGUCGUGAAAGGAGUAAUGAUGACGAAGAGCCUCAAGAAGAGCAGCAACCCCAAGAGAAGAGCUGCGCUGCUGCAGGGCCUAUUUCGUCUGAAAGAGAUCGUUCUGUUGAUAUGGCAUCCGUGCAUAAAUCAUGGUCGGUUGAGGCAGCGUCAGAACCCACAGCGUUGCCCCAGCUGUUUCCAGCCUCCCAUCCCUGGGACUCGUCUCUGCCUGACGCACCGCUUGACCCUCCCGCUGUCUUGUCUCACCCUGACCCAUCCUCCCGUGUCACUGCAUUAUCCGAACCCAAUUCCAUUGCUGUGGUUGAUCUUUGCAUGGAGGACUCGCAGUCGCUUCCCGAUGCCACUCCAACGCCUACAGCUGAGCUGCCAUCUGCUUCCGGUCCUCCUGAUGCCGAUGAUGCACCACCAGAACAGACACCACCGAUUGCAGACUCACCACUGACGCAGACACCACUGACACAGACUCAAGACACACAGACUGCAGCAACUUCUGCCGAUGCGACUCCAAUGUCCACUCAGGAGUCGCCUGCCGUUACGCCUGCCGCUCUGGCAGAAGCAGCCUCGGGACCAGCGCCUGAUGCCUCAGCUGCAGCUGCGUCAGCACCUGCUACCACAUCACAUGAUACUGCCACUGCUGAUGCUGUAGCCCCUGAUGCUGUAGCGUCUGAUGCAGCAGCGCCUGAUUCUGCGGCGCCUGCAGUUCCUGCCAAGUCAAGGAAGCGGCACAGGCACCCGUUGUCAUUUGUGGGCACGGAGAGGCGCACGCGGCAGCAGAUCAAGGAGUUGCAGCUGCAGCAGGCCAAGGGGAAGGAGAGCACCCUGCUGGAGAGCGCCAAGCCCCUCCCACCGAAGAGGCUGCGUGUGUUUGACAUUCUGAGCGCUUGCUUCAAGCAGCAAUCGCGCUUGAUGGGAGCCUGUGAUGGAGACGGCUUGGAGGUUGCUGGGAAGAAGGCAAAAGAGGAUGGUGUUGCUGAAGGUGGCGUUGGUGCGGAUGCUGCUGCUGCUGUUGGUGCCGACAGCGCUCACGUGGGGAGUGGUGGUGGUGGUGCAUGUGAUGGUUUGAAGAUGCUGCACAGGCUGCGGCGCAAGGAGGUGCUGGUGAGGUUUUUCAGCAAGGAGGAGGAGUGGAGCAGCGUGGAUGUGGCAGCAGGUGCCAGAGCUGAAGUGGACGCCGGUGUUGGAGCGGGAGCCAGUGCUCUAAAGGGAGUUAAGGCUGCUGAUGGUCGUGACCCAGCAGGAGAUGCAGAGCGGUUGGGUGUGGUCCAGCAAGUGAGUGCAGCAGAAGUGGAGCAGGUGCAGUCAUUCCUCACUGCUCUACCCAAGCGCCUCCCUCUACUCCAGGCAGCCUCUCUUGUCCUGCAGUACUUGGCCUCCCACCUUCCCCUCUGCGCCCUCACGCCAUCCCUCCUGGAGUCCCUCCUCUGGCUUGAACGGCAGACAGCUUCGUGGGAAGGCCGCUCGCCCAGUGUUUGGCUGUAUCUGGGGGAGCUUUAUCUGGCGAGAGAGGUUCAAAGUGAUGGUGGCGUGAGCAGAGGGCGGCGAGAGGCAGUGGAAGGGGCGGUGGAGAGGGAGUGCGUGCAUUGCCUUGCCAUGGCAGAGCAGGGACAGCUGGACGAGGAGGGGGUGAGGUGGGAGGUGGAAGGGGAUGCGUGGGGCCGCGUGGGAGGAGGGAGAGCACCACCAGAAGAAGCAGACGGAGAGGCGGAGGAGCCAGGUCAGGGGAAGGGGCAAAGUGGUUUAGGGGGCUGGGAGAAGGUGGGGUUCUGGGUUCGGCUGAGAGCAAGUCAGGGGCAGGUGGCGAUGCGGAGGGGCGAGCAUGGGAAGGCGAUUGAGCUGUUCACGUGGUGCAGGGAUGCGCUGGGCAGAGCAGAACAGAGCAGAGGCUGCUCAGAUGGCGCUGAGGGGAUGUUACUAGCAACGCCUGGGUCGGAAGCAGUAGCAGCCGUAGCCCAUGCAGCAGUGGAGGUGCCGCAUCUGGCAUGUGUAUGGGGGCCCAGUGGGGGUAUUUCAGUGCAGGGUUUGGAUGAGCUGUUGAGUGAGCUGCAUGUGGACUGUGUGCUGGCAGGGCUGUCAGGGACAGGAGGGGGCGAGGCAGGGAAAGAGCUCCCCCAGCCGCCACAGCAGCAGCAACAGCUGAUCAAUAUGAUGAAGCCUCUGCUGUUGAAGGAUGGGGCAGCAGGAAUGGCCGGUGGAGCUGGGAGGCAGAAGGGCAGGAGUUACUGUCUCCCGGGCUUGGCCUCUCACAGUUCACCUGCAGAUGGUGGUCACGGAGUGAAUGCGGACAGCCAGCACAGCGAGCAGAGCGAGCAGAGCUCUGACAAGUGGUUGGAGACGCUCAAGAGACUCGUGACUGCCACACGUGGAAUGGUCCAGGAGCAGCCGCUGAUACUGGUUUGUUACAAGCACAUCCUCGCGCUGCUGUCCAGCAGAAUAAGCAUGGGGGCGCUGCCCCCUGCACCCGUGAAAGCAACGCCAGUGGCUUCAGCUGCUUUGGCAGGCUCUGCUGCAGCUGCUGGGAAAGCCUCUGCUGCUGUUGGUGGCAAAAGUGAUGCUGGUGUGAGCUGUGACGCGGAGCUGAUGCACACAGUGCAGGGGCUGAGGGACUUGACGGUCUCCAUGGCGCUUGGGACAGGAUUGGAUGCGCAGGUGAACGAGCAGCACUUGAUGGAACUCCAGCAAGUCGUGGCAGUGCUUAUAGAUUUCGCCUUCUACAAGCACCGGCUGUUACAAGAACAGCCAGCGAGCCAGCUGUCAAGGGAGGUGUACCAGCCAGGCUUGGGCGCUGCAGCAGCAAGAAGUGGGAUUCUGGCAGCGUGGCAGGGGAUGGUGAUGGCCUGGCAGGGGUUGCUGGUGGAUCUGUGCAUGUCCCUCUGCUGCCUGCAGCACUUGCGCGUGUCUGUGAAUCCAACAGAAAAGGUAGCCCUGUGUGCCAUUGCUCACAGCAUCCUUGCUUCUCAAGGCCUCUGCUGUGCCCCCGCCUCUCCCUCCUCCUCCUCCCCAUCCGUUAACGUACCCUCCUCGCCCGCACCAAAUACCAUGUCAGCCUCUCUCACUGCAGCAUCAUCUUGCCGACAGAGAAGCAACAGCAGCACGGCUGCAGCAGAGGUUGAGCGAGGGGAAGGCACGCCCACAGCAGCUAGAGCGCCAAGUGGUAGAGGAGCGUUUCUUGCCCUCUCUGCCCAGCUGCUGACCAACCUAGAGUCGCUGCUGACCCCCUUGGUGCAUGCGGGGGGUAGGAAAGCCAAGGCUGCUGCUGGCGGGGGUAAGGAGCCGAGAGUACGAGGUCUGAAGGGCGGAAGAGGAGGAGACGGUAAGGCGGGAGUCGGUGGAGUAGGUGCUAAUGGGGGCAGCAGUGCGAGGGAUGUGCAAAGGACCGGUGGCAACGGUGGGGUGUCUGCUGGUGAAAGGGUUGAUGGAACUGCUGGUAGAGUUGGCAACACUGCUGGGGUGCGGAGAGCGAGUAUGGGAACGAAUGGGGAAAGCAGCGGGCAGGGCGAGCAGGUGGAGGAUACGCAUGCAAAGAGAUGCGCGCUUGAGGAAAUUGAAGGGGCUAUGGAUCAAUGCUUCUUGUGCUUAUACGGGGUACAGCUGAGAGGGGCUGAGGUGGAUGUGGGAGGGGAGAGCAGCGGUGGUGCUGCUGGGCAGGAGGCAGCAGCAGCAGGGUUGGUCCAGCAUCAGAACGCCUUGGCUGGGGAGUUGAAAUCCAAGGACCAGUGUGCUCGGGCGUUGAGGCACAUGGCACCGUUCGUUGCCUCCUUUACUAUCGAGCGGCUUGUGAAGCUGGUGCCGCUGCUGACGUCCAUCCACUCCCUCUUCCCCUCCCCUCCCCCUGCCAUCCUGGCCCAUCACUCCGUGGAGCCGUUUUUGGACGAUUCACAAAUAAACGACUGGGGAAUGGUGGGGAGGAUUGUGGUGGAGGGGAAGAGGUUGGGAGAGGAGGGGAAGUUUAGAGGUGGGCAUACAAUGCAGGCGGAUGGGGGCACGGAGGAGGGCAGGAGGAGAAUGGAGGAUAGGGAGGGUGCUUUUGGUGUGAAGGGGAAGGAGUUGACGAGUGAUGGAGGAGAGCAGCUCAAUCAUGCCAGCAUGUUAAAUACAAUGCCAGACCUCUCGUCUUACAUACCUGUCCUGCGUCCCCACUCGUUUCUCUCUGAAUGGGCCUCCUCCCACCAUCCAGCAUCCCUCCAUGCAGACCCAUCCCACGCCAUGAACAGUGACACGUACGCUGACGUGUACAAUCCCCUCUUUGCCAUGCUGGCGCGCAUAGAGCCCAUCCCCAUGGGCCACCACAUGCCGCCAGGCUUCUUCCUAGAGCCCAAGGGCCACUCCCAUGUGCUGCAAGUCACAAAUCCCCUGCUCGCAGACCUCUGCUACCAUCCCAGCAACACUGACUCGUGGCUCAAGCUCGCUCUGUUCUAUGAUGAGGCCUCAGACCUGAUGUUGAACGAUGGGGCGAAGAUGAAGGGGCCUGCGGACUGGCAUGCGGAGGAGGGGGUGUUGGGGAGGCUGCAGGGGUACCGGCAGCGGUGCACUCGGUGCUUGGUAGAGGCUAUUGCUACUCCUGGUUGCCGGCUUCCCUUUGAAGUGGCCGCGCUAGAUGAGAGUGAUUCAAGAUGGGAGGGGUGGACGGGGCGUGAGGGGAGGAAGGUCUGGGAGGGGCGGAAAGGGAGUGAGGCUUGGGAGGGGUGUGAGGAGCAGAGGAAGAGGGUGGUGAGUGUGUUGGAGCUGCUGGCGUUUGUGGUGUAUGACUCGAUUCAGAACGUGGUGCCGUCUUAUGACAGGCUCAGGCACACGCAAGUCAGGGAUGGCCUCUGGCUGAACCGCUGCCGCCUGGCCUUUCAACUCUUCCGAAUCCUGCAAUCACUCUCCCCAAACUGGCAGUACCCGUUCUUUCAGGGCAAGCUCGCUGAGAAGCUUCACCUGCCCGCCUCUCUCGCCCUCCUCUUGAUGCGCCGAGCUGUCUCCCUGCGCCCCAAUGCUGUGGACACGGCCUACCGCCUGCACGCCUCACGCCUCAAGGCACUUGCAAGGGGCCGUGUGGAAGCUGCGCUGAGUGAUGAUGACAUCAGGGCGCUUGUGUCCAAUAACGACACCAAGGAUGCACUUGCUAAGCUUUUGCAACCGAAUGAAGACGAGGCUAAACUUGGAGGGGGUGUGACUGCAGCUGAGGGGAGCAUAGCGAGGGACAAUGACCAUGUGACAGAUAGGGGAGAGAGAAAAAAGGAGGGUGGAGAAGUCGAAGGUGUGGAGGGCAGAGGAGAGGCUCACGAGGAGAAGGGGGUGGGGAGGGGGGUUGCAAAAGGACUGGGAGCUGAGAAGGGAGCAGCGGGCAAAAAGGAUGGGAGUGACGAGGAAUUCGAGAUGGGAAAGGAGGUUGCUGAAAGGCUGGGUGUUGACAAGGAGACAGAAGGUGAGAAGGAUGGGAGCGAUGAGGUGUUAGAGGUAGAGAGGUCGAAGGAGGGGAAGGAGGGGGCAGCACAGGAGGAAGAGACAGAUGAGGGGAAGGAUGGAGAAACGGAGGGGGAUAAAGAGGGGGGGACACAUAAGAGCGGAUUGAGACGAAGGCAGGUUGAAAGUGAGGAGGAAGUAGGUUGUGGUGAUGGCGAUGGUGAUGGUGGUGGUGGUGUUGGUGGUGGUGGUGGUGGUGGUGGUGGUGGUGGUGGUGGGGGAAGUGUGGGAGAGGGUGAAGAUGACGAUGAUGAUGUGGUGCUGGUUGAACCGACCCAAGUUGAGUCAACCCAGGUGGAUUCAACCCAGGACUCCGGCUCUGUCAAGAAACGAAAGGGCGGAGCGUUUUCCAGUGGCGCAGGCAAGAAGCACUUGCGACUGGCAGAAGAAGGGGAGUCGCUGGGACGAGCAGAGCAGGGAGCUGCAGCUAGUGGGGAAGCUUCAAGAGCAGCUGCAGAACCAGCUGUGCAGUCAGAGGAGCGUGGUGCAGGCAUAGCUGAUCUCAAAAAGGGGAAGCAGCAAGUGGAGGAGGGAGAAAGCGAGCAACUGGAGCAGCAAGGGAAGAGGCAGCAUGCUCCUGUGGCUGAUAUCCAACAGCUGAGGCAGCACUGGCCGUUGGUGUGGCAGCAUCUGUUCCAGGAGAGCGAGAAAGGAGUGAGAGAGUGCUUAGAGGGCGACUUCAAGCACUUCCACAGGGGGAGGUACUGCCUGGCAAAGGCGUAUCUGAGGCGAGGAGAGCCUGGAGACUUGGAGCGGGCCAAAUCAGAGCUUGAGUUUUGCUUCCGGAAGGCCAAAGUGGCGUUUGCGAUGAACAUGUGGGAGAUUUGCAUCCACACGAAGCACGCUCCGAGGCCGAAAGGCGGGUCCAAGGGGGCGAGGUUGAGGAGGAAAGUGGUGGGGCUGGCAUCCGUGGAGGUGGCUGAGAGCUCUCGGAAGUUCAUGACUUGUGUGAGAGUGUACCUGAUGAUGUACCUCAGGCUCUGCUGCUACACCGGCGAUGUUGCUGCCUUGGAAGGGGCGCUUUCCACUCUCAAGACUGACAAAGAGGCAAGUCUCUCUUUCUCCUGGCUGGCUGCUUAUGUUGAGACGGUGACCAGGGGUGGGGAGGAUAGAACUGGUGACAAGGACGACGCAGCAGCACAGCACUUGGCUUGGGAGGAGGAGCAGGAGAGGAGCUGGUUUGAUAUGACAGAAUGGCACGUGCUGUCAGCUCUCAAGCUGUACGCUCAGAAGGGUGACCUCGACUUUUUUGCGUCAGCUGCUGCCAAAAUCAGGUCUCGAGCUCCCUCCCCUUCUCCUCCUCCCUGCCCUCCAGCUCCUUCAUGCCCUCUUCCCAAGCAUCCAGUUACCCCCUGCAACACCUCCAACCCAACCCAGUCCUGUAUAACCCAAACCACACCCAGUCAAGAUGCAUCGCAACCCUCACUACCGUUCUCCUCGCUUCCACCCUCGGCUAUUCACCACACUCCAUCAGCAUCCUCCUCCCUGCUUCUUCAUGAUCUCCCCGACCUCCCUUUCCCGUCCUCCACCUCCCAUCCCUCCACCCUCCCUUCGUUUUCUCCUUUGAGGCAAGGUGCUGCUUUCGCCCAGCGCAUGCACCUUCACACGAUGCUGUGCUGGUCGCAUGCCCUUCUUGGCGCUCUCUCAGACAUCCUCCCCGUCUCUGCCUGGCCUCUUUUCCCCUGGCUGCACCCGCUCUCACUCUCCGACCUGCCGUCUGCCACCCCUCCUCUUCUGUGUAAGGGAGCUGCCGCGACAGAAAUGGAAGAGGACAAUAACGGGGGGCCAGGAUUAGAGAAAGGAGAUUGUUUGGAAGGAACUGAAGAAGACUCGGUUGGUGGAAGUGAUAGUGAAGAUUCGGUACUUAAUUUGAUAUCUGAUGAUGAUGUGGAGGAGGAGGAGGAGGAGGAUGAAGUGGAUGAGGAGGUCAAAGACGAGGCAAAGGAAGCAGAGGAAGAUGGUAAGAGGGGUGGCGAAAAGUGUGUGGACGAAACAGGUAUGGGCGGUCAAGUAUGUGAAGGUGGAGAGGGAAAGGAAGGAGUGGAUCAACCAUCCACACCAGCAACAGUAGGUGUGGACACAGGAGCAGCAGGGCCUGUCCCAGUAAUGACGAGGGGAGGGCUCAGAGUUACGAUACCACUGCUGCAAGGCCGAAUUCCUAUGCAACCAGCACCGUAUCCUUCCUCUGCCUCUGAUGCCACUGCUCCGCUCCACAACUUCAUGCAAUCACGAUCGCCUCUGGCUCCUCCUUCCAGCACUAGCACAAAGGGCUUUGGCGCAAUCUCAGCCACCGGUGCACCCGCUGCUGGGUCUGCUGCCGCGUCCCUCCCUUCCACUCCCUCUUGUGCUCCUUCUUUUCCAGGCAACCCCAUCUGCACCAUUUCCUCUCUCUCCCCGUUCUCUGCUGGGCCCCCGUCCUCCCCAUUCCCCUCACUGACUCCCCCUCGUGUCAAUCUGCUUCUUCUUAAAGCCAAGGCAAGUGAAAGCGAUGUGGAUCGAGCACUAGCCCUGUUGCGGUCAGCCCAGGCCUUAGAGCGGGAGGCCUCUGGGGAGCUUCCCUUUGGCAAAGUUCUAGGGGGAGGUAAGAAGGGGGGAGUGAGUGGUGGGGGAGGAGCGUUGGGUAUGAAGCGGAUGAAAGCUGCUGCGAGAGAAGGUGCGGGGUCUGGCGUGAGAGCGGAGGUGCUGGGGAGGAGUGUGGGAGGAGGGGGAGGCGGGGAGGCAGGACAGGGAAUGCAAGUUACUGGUACGAGUUUUGUUGAAAACAGGAAGGCAGGUGAAGUAGUGGAGCAUUUGGGAGGGGGGGCAGUGCCACAGGAAGGAAGGUGCAAGGAGGAAGAGGAGGUGGAGGAAUGGAGAACGAGGCUGCAUGGUUUGAGCACCCAGUUGCUGGAAGUGGCUUAUGCUCUGGUGCAUGGCCGGUCCCUGGCCGCUCUUGCUGCUGCUGAACAGGCGCAGGCACAGAUGAAAGUGCAGGCGGAGGAACAGGCACGGGCAGAGGAGCUGGCAGAAGGGGGGAAGCAGUCGCAAGGAGGGACAGCCUUGAACGGAGAGGAAUCUGAGGGUCAACAAGCUCUGGUGCCGGGCACAGAAACCGAGGCGAAGGUCACCACAGCAACAGCACCGAAGUCACCUGCAGCAGCUGGUUCAUCAGCAGCUGUUUCUGCAGCUGUUGUCACAUCCGCAUGUAGCCCUGCAAGGCGGAUGGAGCAGCGUCCUUCACCUUGCAGAGUGCGUUCCACCGAUGCACAAGCUCUUUUUGCAACCGCUGCAUCGCCAUCUGCAGCUGUCUCCCGUGAUGCUCCUCCCCCUGCUGUUCCAGCCCAGACUGCUCCUGCUUCUGCUGCUGCUGCUGCUUCUCCAUCCCGUUCUCUUGUCCCGGAUGCUGUGGAGGAGCGCCUCCCCGCUCCCUCUCAACCCUCAAAGCCUCCCUCCUGCUCGCCCACGCCUGCUGCACCUAUCCUCAAGCCUCCGCUUGCUCGCCUCCCCAAGCUGGCACGGCGCUUUCAGGCUGGCUUGAAGAGAAAGCAGACAGAAGGGGAGGAAGUCGGGCGGAUUAUGUGUUCAGAAAGUCACAGCAUCGUGUGGAGUGGAGACGGGGUGAAUGAAGCAGACAAGAGGAGAGUAGGAGCUGAUGAGGCAGCGGCAGCGACAGAAGCAUCAACAGGAGCAGCGGCAGAAGCAGCAGUGUAUGAAGGAGUAGUGAACGGUUGGACGGGGUGCAGCCGCACAGACGGAGUCAGAUUUGCACCGAGCGCUGCCAUCACUGGUUCAUCUGCUAAGGGGAAGCAGAAGGAGGAUAGAAAUGAAAAACGAGUUAGCUUUGGGAAGGGCCGUAAGGUGGUGGAUGGAAGAGGUGUGGGCUGUGAGAGGGUGGAUGUGGAGGGAGGUGAAUGGCAGGUGCGUGGGGUGGAGGAUGAGGUGCAAGAGGAGGGGAAAGAAAGUGAUAACGUGGUUCCGCAGCAGAAUGUGCGGCUGGAGAAGAGGCGUCAGCAUCGGUUGAAGGAGUUGGGAGGAGCGCAUGGAAAGGAAGAGGAUGGGGAUGAGGAGGCGGAAGAGGAUGGUAAGGAUGCAGGGGGUGGGAAUAAGGGAGAUGAGAAACAAGGUGCGGAGCAUUGUAAGAGCAGUUCCGGUGGGCGUAGAGAUGGUGGAGAGAUUGUAAGAAAAAGAAAAGCAGGUGGAGCAGUAGAUGGUAAGGCGGCACCUUUGCGCCAGGGGAGCAGGCCGGCAUUAUCACUGCAGAAUGACGCAGGAAAGGUCGUCCCUGAGGGAAAGAAGCAGCUCGCGGCUGUGGCUACGUCGGCCCAGGAAGCAUCCCCAUCCACUGGCCCUUCUUUGUCAAGGUCUGUCAAACCCACAUCCAAGCCCUCCGUCAAGCCUCUUGCCAGGGCUCCCGCCAAGCCUCCUUCCAUGGCUGCAGUCAAAGCUGGCCUUCAACCUGUUCUCAAGACGAAGCAGACUCAAAAAACAGCCUCAACUCCUGCUGCUCCAUCAAUUCAUGAGAGUCUAUCGAUGUCCCAUUCGGCUCUUCAAAUGCAUCAAGGCACUCCAUCAACUUCUCAUCAAGGACCCAACAGAGGAGCCAGGCAGGGGACGUCUGUGCAGAAGAAGGCAGUAAUGGCAGUGGCUGGGGCUGUGUGCAAAGACACGGGUGGGAAUUCUGGGAAGCUGGGAGGACAGGAGGCGGGAACGAGUGGGGUGGUAAGGAAAUCUGCUGGAGGAGGCGAGCAGACAGCAGGUGUCAGUGUUAGUGGCGAGGUUGGAGCAAAAAGUAUGAGAGCAGUGCUGAAAAGGAAAAGAGCAGUGGUUGUUGCUGAUGAGAGUGCUCGACGUAUUGCUGCCCCAGAUGUGUCUGCUGAUGCUGCUGUCGGUGUUGUGAAGCUGCUAGAGCAGCAGAUGGAAGGAGUAGCAGCACAGCGGGAGGGUACGGCACCCGCUUUUAAAGCUGGAGUUUCUCAAGCAACGCUAGCAGAUGCUGCUAAUCCAUCUGAUCCAGGAGUCGCCACUGGUGCUGCAUCUGCUGUUGGAGUGGGAGGAAGAGGGCAGAAGAAAGGAGUGAAUCCGGGUGGGAAGGGUUCACUCAAAGUUGUUCAAAUUGGUGCUCCACGAAAUAUUCCGAAACUGAAGCUGGGGAGUUCAGCACCUAAAGGUGGGACAAAGGCUGCUGCAGUAACAGUGGGACCAGUUUCAGUGGACAAAGCGGGAUCAGGCAGGUCCAACCAAGUCAGUCAAAAAGGCAUCUCCAAGAAAGGUGUGAAGGGCAAAACGUUGGCCAAUUCUGGUGCUGCUCAAAUGGAAGGUGGUGUGCCUGGUGUCACUGAUGAAGUUGGCACAUGCACGGAUGUCACAGGGGAAGCCACGGGUGAGAAAUGCACACAGGAUCCUGCACCGCAAGGCAAAGCCACUUCAGCAACCAUUGGCAGUCCUGGUGGUACGAAGGUGCCUGCAACUCAAAGAAAAAAGCAGCCCCUGGUGAUAAAGAUUCAGAAGCCAAGGCAUGCUGUAGCUGUUGAAGGGAGCUCUUUGAGCAAAGACCAUGAUCUGGAGUGA